AUGGCGGACACAGGCGGUUUGUCCCCAUAUUUUUUGGUUGGAGGAAAUGCAAUUGGCAACAUGGCAGCAGAUAGGAGCAAAUUCUUUUUCUAUGAUCAGGCAGAUCAGCAAGCCCCGGGGAGGCGUUACCGGAAGAUGCCAGAGGAUCUGCCGGAGAGCCUCAAAUAUGCACGUCUUAACCCUAAGGUGGCAGCGUAUUUAGCAAGCAAGGAGAGAGAGGCCCAGAAACAGGCAGAACAAGAUCCAUUUGGUGAUGGUUUGGGCAAAAAAAGUUUACUUCCCCAUAUAAACACUGCUGUGACAAACAUCAAAAACAGACUUGACAGUGCUUUGUCUAAUGAUGAAGGAUCUCAGAAAUUCUUGUUUGAGGAUACCAAAGCAUCCUCAGGCAACAUUCUACAACAAUUAUCUAGGUAUUUAUAUUUUUAUGAUGAUAUAUCUAGUCAUAUCCCAAGAGGUUUAGAAUAUCAGUUAAUGGCACAAUGGAAAGAUUUGACCAAUGAUGUGAUUUUUAUACCACGUGAAUGGCAGACUGCAGAAGGGAGGGAGCAGUAUCUGGCAUCUCUCAGAGAAGUCCAGAGUGAUGAAGACAGUGUGGAACUAGGUGCAGAUGUCCCAAUAAAAGUAACAGGACGUAAUAGUGUGGAUAAACUGGAUGGAAAGACAAAAAACAAACGAUGUGCCACAAAUAAUAAAGUCAUUAUUCCGGAAAUAGUAAAAGAUGAAAGUGAUGGUGGUGAAAAAAUACAACCAGUCAAGCGGAGCGACAGUCGCAUGUCAAACAUGUCUGUCUCACAGAACAGAAAUAGACUGGACUCCAAAACAGGACGUACAUCUCGAGACCAGCUACGCUCAACCUCAAGGUUGCAAUCUGCAUCAAGCUCUCGGAAACAUCCUGAUCAUGAUGAUAUGUUUUUCAACAUUGCAGAAACACCAUCGGAUCCCAGAUUAUUGUCAUACCUGAAAAGGUGGAGCUCUUCAGCAAAAAGAGCAGCCACAGGUACAAACCAGCCUGUUCCCUAUGGUACCACCAUUUCUGUGUCCAUGGUGUCUUGUGAAACCAAAGGUUGGAUUGUUAAUAAAGGACGCCAAGAUGAGAUAGAUAAAAAUACCAUCCUUGAAUAUUGUAUACAGAUGCUACAGGAGAGUAUGAGAGCUACAAAGGAACAGCACCUCAAGGAUAUAGAUAAUGGUUAUGAUAGAGAAGUUCAGGUACGAUACUACGGUGAUGCGAAAAAAGAGGCUAUGUUAAAGUACAGAAGGUCACCACUAAAAACUACUGUAAAACCAAUCCACAAGGGAGGUAAGCCACGGAUUCCCCCAGUAUUUGAUGAACGACAUGAAGGGAAGGACCUAUUGCAGGCGACACACCAGGAUGGCUCUAGUGUUGUGUACUACCCAUCAGGUUAUAAGGCUAUAGUCUACACAGCUGCAGGCUUUGGACGACCAGGACAUUACCUGCUGGCAUACGAUGAUGGACCAGAUUCGAAAAUGCUGGCCUGCUUCACUCCAAGUGGCAAAGGAGUGUGUUAUGGUGAAAAUGGAGUAAUUCGAGUGUUGGUAACUGAGAAAGGUGGUCAUGAGGCCCUAGAUGAUGGGACCGUUAUCAGGAAAUGGAAAUGGCCGACUACUACAAUGAAAACGUUUGCUCCAGUCACAUUCCAGAUGAACAGUUCCCUGUUGUUCAGGUGCUCUGGUCAACAGAUAAUGUCCAUUGUAUUUAAUUGCAAUAAGGAGGUGUCACGAUUCUCCCUGUGUGCUACUCCUGGAGCUGUUGAAUACAAACCAGGAGAUGAAAAUGAACAACUGCUGACUGCGUCUUUCCCCUUUUCAUCUCGAGCUGCCAAAGAUCUGAUGAGGUUGUUUGCACCAAAACCCAGUAGGAAAAGUAAAAACCAAAAGAAGAAGCACCAUGGUCGCAGUCAUCACCCAGAAAUCCAGAAACUCCUGGAAUUUUCAAUGCAAUAUGAUGCUGAAAAUGACAAGGAUCUGGCCAAACUACAGCGAAAAGCCAAAGUUCUUGUGGAGGAAUGGAUGGAACACUAUCGUUUGGCAGUGGGUCUUACUUCUCCGUACAUCAGCGCCAUGAGAGAAUGCCCAGAAUACAGUGUAAGAAAUAGGGCAAUCAAGUCUGCACAACUGUCUGAAAAUGCACAGCUGUUGCGCCGAGCUGACAUGGAAAUGGUCAGUCCAAACCAUGGUCGAGUACCUUCCGCUCCGCUUGUGAAAUCAAGAAGUAAAUCAGCAAAGAGUCUAGAUGAGGAAUUUGAAGUUAUUGAGAGUCGAAAGAAAAGCGCAGCACCAUCCAAUGUUAAGUUUGAGGAUGAUGCUACAGAGGCUGGGGGUGAUGUUUCCCCAACAGCCAUCGCCAUGUUUGAAAGACUUGCACAUUCUGCAGGCAAACGUUCAUCGAGAGGCACAAGGACACCUAUAUCCAGUGCACCCUUGUCGCGACAAUACACAAUUGCGACUACCAACCCUAACAACGAGCUGAUGUCCAUGAUGAAGAGUCCAUGUCCUAUAGCUAUACGUCAGGCUAUGCUCGGGCUGGAACGACCCAUCUGUCGUUGUAGUCGUCACGCUGUUCCACAGAUAAUGGACCUUGAGUACGAUACCUUCAUCCAGACGGAGGUGCCAGAUUCCCAGAUCAUAGUCAUUGAAGUGAUCUCCUCUAUAUUUCCCUACUCUACCGCGGGAGAGAAAAUGGUGGAAGAGAUCUACAUGAGUUGUAAUAGGAACCGUACCAAACCAUGUGUUCAAUGUCGAGGUGACUUAUUCAGACUCCUACAGUACGACAUCACAACUGCUGCCGAGGGAUCUGACCAUACUCAGCCUCUUCUUCUCACCAGACACAAUGUUGUCCCUGGCAUGUUUCUGAUGUACCUCAAUGGGAAACUACUUUUCUGUGAUCACAUUUUCAAUGGUUAUGGAAAUGCAAGAAAAGACUUCAGGAAACAGAUUAUGAAAUCCCGUGUUCAGGCUAUGCAAGGUUUUUCCCUGCCAAGGGAUUUCAGAUUCAGUCCAACUCGGGGUCGCAGUGGGAUGCGUUCGGCGUGGGGUGGAGAAAUCGGUGGAGCUGGUGUGGACAAGUUCGGUCACCCUGGAACAGGAACAUCUCUGGACAGUGCUUUAGUGCCAAUCAAACGGCCAGGCUCCUCUUCAGCAGAUAGUGGCCAGGACAUGUUAGACCAAGUCAAGGAGAUUUAUGUUCGUCUUGGACCUUUGCUUAACAUGCAACAGCAAACCACCAAGAAGAGAUCUCGCUUGCACAGUCAUCGGCCUUAUGUUCCCAAUUUUACGACACUCCAGUAUGAUUUUGUAAGCAUUAACAGGGAUCAGAAAAGAUUCAUGGAGAUGAACAUUCCCAAGACAAUGACGCAUGAAAUAUUAAGUAGUGCACAGGGACACUGA